GUUGCAUCGGAUCAUGUAAAAUAGUAGAAUUUUAUUUUCUCUAAUAUUUUAUGCAACUUUAAGUAAUGUGCUUAUUGAUGAUCAUAUAAUAUAUUUGUCAUCGUUAACAAUGUUUCGGCUAAGUUAAAGUCAACAGUAUUGUAGUGGAAUUAUGUGAAAAAGAAAGUGUUACCUAUCAGUGCAGUGUUUAUGGACUAGUUGUUAUCAAUUUUAUAUAAAAAUAUUUUUAAUCAUGAUAAAUACGAUUGAUAUUUUAAAAUACAUUCAAAGUCUUCAAUUUCUCUGAGUGCACUCUUUGCUCUUUGUAAAUAGUUGUGGAAGAGGUAAACUGGGUCAUUAAAGUGGAAACUAUCAUUUCAUAUUGAUUACAAUGAAUGAGAAAAGGUUGUUCCAUAAUUUUAAGAGCUAUAUAAACGAUUCGCCUUUGAAUAAUGGUGAUAAAAAUGGAUCCAUACAAGAGUUAAAACCUAAGUUGUUAAAUGGCGAGUUGGUGGUGGGUGCGGCGCACAGCGCAGUGUUGCUGACGCCGCUCAGCGAGCGCGACGGCGGCCGCCUCGGCUCACUCUUCGUCACCAACUACAAGCUAUCCUUCGUGCCCAUAGAGACCUCGCACUACGAUGAGUAUGGUCAGAAGAACCACCUGUUAGGAACAUUUGACGUGCCGUUGACGGGUGUGGGCGCGUUGUGGUUGACGGAUGGCGGGCCUCAGCGCCGGCGCCGUCUGUUGCCCUACGCCGAUAUGCCCGGCAAGGUCAAGGGCCUACAAGUUAUAUGCAAGAACAUGAAAGUGAUGACGUUCAGUUUCGCCAACUCACCGAUCGGCAACGGGCGCAAGGUGGCGAUGGCUUUAGUGCACCAUGCGUUCCCCAAGCGCCACGACUUGCUGUUCGCGUUCGAGUAUCGCGAGCCGUACUACCCCACCCUCCCCCCGGACCUCAACAUGUUCCAGCGCCCCGGCGACUGGAAGCGGGAACUGGAGCGCUGUGAAUGUCCCCACUGGAGGAUCACUUGUAUCAAUGGAACAUCGGAUGCUUUUAUGCUGACCGCGGGAGAGACCCUCAUAGUGCCCAGUUCGGUGCUGGAUUAUAACUUGAUGGAAUCCGCGCGGCACUUCAGGUCGGGCAGAGUUCCCAUUUGGGUGUGGGGCAGGCCAGAAGGUGCCGCGCUAUUACGAAGUGGAGAGUUGCUGCAGACUGAACAAUCCGCUACCGCUGAAAGUGUUUUAUUAGAACAGGUGCGUCGCUCUCACCCGAAGCUGACGCCGCCACACGUGAUCUACCUGUGCGGGAACAGUGCUGCGGGCGGGCCCUCUCCCGCACAUCUGCCGCCGCUGCAGACAUUACACACCUCGCACAGGAAGCUGGCCGAGCUGUGCACACCCACGACGCUAGGAAAUUUCUGGCUACAAGACUCUCAGUACUACUCGAUCCUGGACUCGAGCCGGUGGCUGCGCUAUGUGGCCAACUGCCUCACCUUCGCGGAAGAAGCCGCCGCGCACCUCAACAACAAUGUCACCGUCGUGCUACAAGAAGGCGAUGGCGUGGACUACAGCGCAGUGGUGUCCUGCCUGACCCAGCUGCUGGUGGACCCGCACUGUCGCACCAUCGCCGGCUUCCAGUCGUUAGUGCAGAAGGAGUGGGUCGCGCUAGGACAUCCUUUCUGUGACAGACUAGGUCUACCUAGGCCGGGCCAGGCCAAGGAGAGCAAUGCGCAGUGUGCUCAGUGCGCGCCAGUGUUCCUGCUGUUCCUGGACUGCGCAUGGCAGUUGCUGCAGCAGCAUCCCGCCGCAUUCCAGUACACAGAUACGUACCUCGUCACACUGUGGGACUGCGCACACAACCACCUCUUUGACACCUUCCUGUUUAACUGCCCGAGGGAUAGAGAUUUAGCUGUUUCUAAGAACUUCGUGGCACGCCCUGUGUGGGACUGGGGCGAGCAGUUCUCUGAACAAGACCAGGCCUUGUUCUACAACCCAUUGUUCACGGCCGACAGACCUGUGGCGCCCUCGCACAACACACACAUCGGUCAGGGUACAACAGGAUGGCGUAACUCGCGUACAGAGGCGUGGCAGAGUGUGGGGGCGGGGCAGAGUGGGCGUGGGGCUGGGCGACUGCGCGUGUGCGGCUCUGUGGGCGCGGUGGAGCUGUGGGCGCUGUGCUACGAGCGCUGGUUGCCCCCACUAGACGCGCCCCACGCCGGCCGCGCCCACUUCCACGCCUACCACUGGAGACUGCGCGCGCAGAUUCAACAGUUAAGCGAGAAGUUAUCAUCCUUAUCGAUAAUGAACAACCGGCUGUGGAGCGGCGAGGAGGUGCCGGAGGUGCCGGUGCCAGUGGGCUCGCGCUUCUUCCCCUUCAGUCUGGGCCGGCACGAGGACCUCGCCCGGAACUUGGACUCCAUGCAGGUCAGCCUCAUCGACGCCAGCCAAUUAUUGGACUCGCAGUCCUUGUUGAAUGCACCUGAUUAAGUAAUUUGAAUCUUGUAUUGUCACUGUUAGGGUUUAUUUUAGUCUGAACAUUACAAAUAAAUAUAAUCUGGAAAAUUCACUUUAUAUAUCAAUUUAACGCACCAAAACUAAUU